AUAAAAGCUAUAGCGGCUUUGUGGCUCGCCUGUAACCUGUAUGCCUUUAGCCUUAAUCACCAAAUGAGAGAGCCACGCCGGUAGCCGGAAGCACAAUGGUGUUUACAAUCUCUGGUCACCUAAUGCUCUGGACAUUUGGAAUCUUUUUUGUUCGCCAACAUUCCGUGAUAAGCCAAGAAACAAACGUUACUGUAGAAUGGCCGGACCAACAGUUGAUUUCAGACGUUGCAAACUUUUCUGCGAAACCCGAAAUAACGGAAAUUAACGUAUCUGUCGAAGGCAGUGACAUUGCUAAUGUUUCCGAAAGUUCCGUCGAUGUCAAUAAUACUGUUAGGAACGACAACAGUUCUGCCAACGACACCAUUUAUUCAAAUAACACCUUAACUGUUAAUAAUACUACCAGUACUAGUUUUCCGAAAACUAACAGUAGCAAAGCUGACAAAAACCGCGAGUGUUCUGUGUGCGCUCUGAAAGACCAGGACAAAAAUCUGAGGCUUCAGGCGAUUAAGAACCAGAUCAUGACAAGACUCCGAUUUGACGGAUCCAUGCCCAACAUCACAGACAGGACGCUGCCUAAGGUGCCUGCGUUCGCCCAUCUUCUGGAAGACAAUGAAAUGCAAAAUGACUCCCCGUACGACACGAGUUGGAAUGAGUACUAUGACGAAGACGAACAGCCGUACGGCAGGACCGAAAGGGUAUUCACUAUCGCAAAACAACCACCUCUUCAUUUGAGUGCCAAUGACAGCACAAUCUGUUACUUCGAACUGCCGAAAGAAGUGUCAAAGUACUCGAAAAUUAAGAAGGCUGUGUUAUGGAUGUAUGUGAAACCUUCCACCCGGAAAAAGACGCUCGUUGAAAUAAAAGUGUUUAAACUGAAACCACCACCGUAUUUUGGCAAUCUUUCACCACUGCGGGCUCAUCUUGUCUUAAAGCGCAAGUAUCUCACAGAAAAGGCCAGAGGGUGGCAUCACUUCGACGUCUCCAGUAUAGUGCACCGCUGGAAAAACCACCCCGACACAAACUUUGGUCUGCGUCUUACCGCCCUGGACCACGACCAGACAAACCUCAUCGUCACACCACCGACCGACAAGAAAACGGAGGGAUAUGAACCGAUGAUCGAAAUCAAGACCUCCCAGUACAGACACCGCUACAGACGGAGCGUUCCUUUGGUGUGCGGAGAAAACUCCACAGAGACUCGCUGUUGCCGACAUUCCCUGGAAGUCAGCUUCGUCGACUUCGGCUGGGACUGGGUUAUCGCCCCUAACCACUACAAGGCCGACUACUGCUCCGGAGCCUGCCGAAUGCAGAUGCAAGACGAACACAGCCAUGCUUAUCUGCGCCAACAAGCCUCCAUGACCGGGUCUUGUUGCACGCCAACAAAACUGUCGCCGUUGACGCUGUUGUAUUUUGAUCAUUCCCACAACGUCCUCUUCACGCUGCUACAGAACAUGAAGGUCAGGCGAUGCGGCUGUACAUAAAAAGUGCUAGUGAUGCUAAAAGGUGCUAUACGAAUUACACUAAGAUGAAUUCUUUCAGUGAAAUCCAUGAGUAGAGGCUUUCUUUUAACAUCGGUCUGUUCGGAAGUGUAUUGCAAAGAAUCGCACGGACUUUAGGAAUGGAACAUGGAACCGUUCACAUUAAAACAAUAUAUAUAUAUAUAUAUAUAUAUAUAUAUAUGAAUGAUAAUUUCUGGAUUGCGUUCUAAAGAACAGUUCAGUUACUUUUGUUUGUGCGUAAGUAAGGUUCAUGUGUAAUACUUCUGUGUUUACAAUAACUCAGUCCAGUGACCAGACUGGUGGAUUGUGAUGCUUUCACGAAAGCGAACGAAUAGGGCAGCGGAGAAUGAAUCGGAAUUUUGCCUUUAGAACCAAGUCUUUCAAGUACAUUGUGUGCAUUGGCGGUAGUGAUCAAGAGGCAACGAUCUACGAUACUGCUCAUGCAUUCUGUUAGUCAAUACAGGUCGAGAGACUGGCUCCAGUUUGCUGCCACUGUUAAAAUGUUUACGACUAACAGAGACCUUUUAGCAACUAAAUUUACACGUUAAAUAUAUUUUCUUGCUUACGGCGGCGCCACACGAUACAAGUGUUUCGUACAAAUAUAGCUGAUUGUGACAAGACAAAAUUACGAUUUGACCGGUUCAAAGGACGGAAGGAAUGUUUUAUUUAACGACGCACUUAACACAUUUUAAUUACGGUAAUAUGGCGUUGGAUAUAUGGUUACAGACCACACAGAUAUUGAGAGAGGAAACCCGCGGUCGCCACGUAAUGGACUACUCCUUCCGAUUAGCAGCAAUGGCUCUUUUAUAUGCACCAUCCCACACACAGUAUAGGACAUAGCACGGCCUUUCUUACACUAGUUGUGGAGAACGGGCUGGGCCCACCGACGGGUAUGAUCCCAGACCAACUCUUUGCCACUGGGCCACGUCCCGCGGCUGUUCGGUUGCGAUAAAAUCGGCUAUUCUCGUGUCGUCUGGCGUUGCCUUUAGAGUAUCGGUGUCUGUAUAUUCAAUGUGUAUCUGGUCGUCUUAAUAUUAGUACUCGCUCUAACGUCAUUGUAAUUGUAAUAAAAAUCCGUGGGUUGAAAGCAAGUAGAAGCUAUCUGUAAGUAAUAAUAUUGCAGAUGACACAUUUUUGCUGUAUUAAACUUGAGAUAUAUUUCUUAAUUACGAAAUUAUUGAGAGGUAAAAUCCAGUUAGAUUACCACAAAGAUUAGGACGAUUGGAUACACGGGUGCCUCAAACAAGAAAAAUCAUUUAAUAUGCAACUUUAGUCAUUAAAGGGCUUCUAUGAACUGGAUACACCGGCAGCAAAAUGUGGACAGUUUCUUUAAAGCAAGGGUUGAAAAAGAAACGUUACGGUGAAAAAACAAACAAACAACAACAACAACACUGUGCAAACGAAACACAUGCACAUAACUCAUCUAGGCACUAUCCACAAGUGCACAUUAUGCUAAUAUAGAAACGCUAUUUGAUAGCACAUAUAUAUAUUUUUAACAAGUUUAAAUUACUAGACCGCGUAUUUGUGCUUGCAACAAGCCAGAUAGCGUCUAGUAGCUUGUACCACUGUGCAAGUGUAAUUUGCUUGAGGAUAGUAUUAGCAGUACUUUAUUUUAUGACAAGCAUGUCUCGUGAUAUCUAGUUCAAAACUAGCUUAACCAAUCAAAAGUGUGCACAUCACAUUAACAAUUACACCAAUGACUCUCGAGUAUCGUUGAUAUUUUCAUUGUGAUAUUUUGCAAAUGCAUUUUGUGUUCCCGUUUACCAGACAUGUUGUAUUACCCAAAUGUCGUUGCUGUACUAUUAUUGCCUUUUCCGUAUUUCUGUACAACUUGUAUUGCCUUUCCAAAUUGCUGUACUACUACUAGCAUUAUUGCCUGUCCCUAUAUUGCUCUACAACCAAUAGUAUUUUUGCCUGUCCAUGUAUUUGCUGUACAACUAAUAAUAUUACCUUUCAAUAUUACUUUACGACUAGGGCCUACUAGUAUUUUUAACAGUCCAUAUUGCUGUACAACUACUACUAUUAUUACCUGUUUAUAUUUGUGUACAACUACAAGUAUUAUUACCUUUUCAUAUUGCAGUACAACUACUAGUAUUAUAACCUGUCAAUAUUGCAGUACAAUUGCCAUAAUAUUGUCUCUCUUGCAUAGGUCAUUAUCAAUACUGUAGUUGUUUCUUUUUCUUAGUUUCAAAGAACAUUGUUGCUCAACUGCUACGUUCUUAUAUAAUUGCACAGGAAUUGUUAAUUGUCCAGUAUGACAUGUCAUACUGUAUAAAUGUGUUUUUAUGUGAACAAGACAUUACUGAAACAAGUAUUGUUGCUUCGUACCGCCCAUCCUACUCCACCGUUGUUACUUGUUGUAACCUAUUCUCGUUGGUGUCUUUGUUUUUCGUGUGCUUGGAUGAUAAUAAAACUACAGCACAAAUGCGGUUGCUCUCCAUGUAAAAUACUUUACUUAUGUAUGUUUCGCGGGUUUCUAGUAUGCGGCAUAUUGCCUGCGCAGUGUUGUAUUGCAGACCGUGUUAUCUGUCUCGCGUAAGGCAUGUAUUAACGUACAGUAUUGUUGGAACUGGGUUGUAUAGUUCGUAAUAUCAGUGUUAGUCUCUUAUCUUGUCUUACUGUAUAUCUUCUAUCAUGGCGUUUUCUAAUGUCCAGGAAAGCACAACUGACGGUAUCUAUAAAGCAAAAUCGUAUUUAAAUUAAGCACUGUAAAUAAGAAUAAUGUUCAAGAAAAUACUCUACAUAUGUGAACAUUGCCUAAAACAAAGUUCGUUGCAGCAUGACCCAUGUUAUUGAUUCUGAGAAAAGCUUCCGUGGAACUGAUAAAAUAUAAAUAUAAUAAGGUAUUUAUAACAGUUUGAACCGACAUCUUCAUGAACAACAAAAUUGUGCAGUAACAGUACCCGGUAUAUUAAUUUUAACGUCAGAUCAUAGGAAUGACCAAUUGCGUAUCACAAGUCCAAGGGACAUCAAUACAAAGCUAAAACUUUUAAUGACACGCACUAACGAAUCCCUGUCAAAUCAAUUAAUAUUAUACCAGGAGUUCGGGAAACACGACGAAUAAAGCACAGGGUGACAAUAAUCAUGAUUUUAUUCCCUACCACAACACAAUAAGGCCACGUUUACACAAGGCCACAACCGACACGGUCAUACGGUUCAUACCAGUAACAGUGGAUUUAGUGCCCGGUUUUAAAUCUCUCUCUCUCCCCCCCCCCCCCCCCCCAAAAAAAAAAAAAAUAAAAAAAAAAAAAAACAUAUAUAUAUAUAUAUAUAUAUAAUAAAAUAAAAUAAAAUAAAAUAAACAUGCCCAGGGAGGGGGUGGCUAUUUACCCCCUGGAUCCGGUACUGCAGGUGUCUUUAAAUUGGUCCAUGGGAUGUUAUCUAACGUCCAAUAACAACCACCGUAUUUGGAGCUGUUCAAGGACAGGUAAAGUUGUCAACAGCGGGGGUUCUAAAGUGUAUGGCAUACUCUUUAAGCAGUGAUUCUAAAGUAUGGUAUGCUGUUUUAACAAUGAUUCUAAAGUAUAUGGUAUACUGUUUUUACAAUGGUUCUAAAGUAUAUGGCAUGCUGUUUUAGCAGUUAUUCUAAAGUAGAAGGUAUACUUUGUUAGCAUUGAUUCUAAAGUAUAUGGUACACGGUUUCACGUGGUACUGUAAGUUUCGAUAUUUUAGUGAACAGUUUCACGCGGAUAUGGAGUUAAUAAAACAGAGUUUUAAUGGUUUGUAAACGCUAGUCUUGCUAUUUAUAAUACGAUAUUACGCUUAUUUAUAAUACGAUAUAUUUGGAAUCUGGCUGUCUGAAUGUAUUGAAUAAAAUUAAUAGCAGUUCUUUUCACAUUAGCAAUUAUAUAACUAAUUAGCAAUGUUGUCUAGAGGUCUAAAUUAUAUUGAUACACUUUGAUGUAUUUUGCUGGUUUAGCAUUUUAAUUAUUUUUUUGGGGGGGUCGAGCUAUUAUAUGGAUUUGUUUUGCUUUUGUACAGUAAUACCAAUACUUUUUUUUGAGGGAAAAGAUUGCUGUAGUAUAAAUUACAGUAAUUAUGAUAGUGUUGCAUGGGAAUAAAAACAUUUAAAAUGCCGGCGACAGUGGUGUGCUAAUAAUGUCGAAUCUCAAAGUUGUAGGCCUAUUAUAAAAAUUUUGUAUCUUUUCUUGUGAAAUGAAAUUUUUUUUAUAGUUUGAAUUAGAAGCCCACAAAAAAGAAAUACAUUAAUUUACUACUAUUUAUAAAUUUAUAUUACUGCAAAUACCAAUAAGGGUGGCCAACAGGUUAACGCAUGACGUCAACAGUUUGAAUUUUAAUUUUAUUCACAAAUAACUAGUUGCUAUUAUAAUGCAUUCAAGAUGAAGCAUGUUUAAGCAUUUUAUAUUCCUCGCCAAGGAUUCACGAAACUACUGUUAACCUCGAUAGCAUCACAUUACAAUUUUUAGAUUCUCAAGUUAAAUAUGAAAAUAUUAUAUGUGGGAUUGAUUAAUGUUUAGUUAUUGUAUCACAAAUGGGGGAGGGGGGGGGGGGGGGGGGGGGGGACUACAUAUAAAAAUACAGAAAAUAAACACCUGCAGUUUUGAGAAUGAAAGGACUUGCGAAUUGUCUCAUUGUGGUUUAAUCUGGGCAGACGGCGCAACUGAUUAACAGGGAUUCCCGCUUAAUAUUGUGUGAAUCCUAGAAUUGGAUAUGAAGUCGUACACAAUUAUCAUUUUCAUAAUUCACAAAACACUUAUUUUUGGUUCUCCAAAAAAAAAAACCAGGAGUGUGACUAAUGAUACUUCUUAAACUGCAUAGGAAGAGCGAAAAUCCUGAAAAUAGCAUUUGAAGGGAAAAUUCUUAAAAUAGCAUAUGAGGGGGAAAUUCUGAAAGUAGCAUUUGAGGGGGAAAUUCUGAAAAUAGCAUUUGAGUAAAGAAUCAAAACUCGAAUACAAAAAAAAUCUAAUAAAUAAAUAACAAACACGAGAGGGUCAUGUGACUACCAAUUUUAGGGAGUGCUCUCAACUAACAUAUACCGUGUAAAAAAAAAAAAAACCCUACGUGAAACAAACAAGAAAAUACAAAAACACAACAAAUAAAAACAAACAAAAAUCAUGACACUCUUACAUGUUUAAUUAUUUUGUUUUCAUUUAAUAAUUUGGCUAUAAUUAUGAACAUUAUUAUUAAGGCAUAAUUAAAAUCAAUCGGAUGUUAAUUUGCAAUAAAUGACAAUAAAUAUACGAAUCACAACGUAUCACAAAAUAAAAAUGAGUUGACUGUUGCCUUGUAUAAUAAUAUCACAAUCGUCACACACCCUCACACUGAAUUUAGGAAUGAGCAACGGUGCGAACACAAUCGCCCCCCCCCCCAACCCCCCCCCCAACAACAAAAAACCCACAAGACCAACAUAAAAAAAAAAAAAAAAAAAAAAACGAAAGUAUGGAUAGUAUCCCUCCCUCUCUUCCCCUCCGCUAAAACCGUAUACAAGUUAUAAACUUUUGAAAGGAGUAUAUUUCUAAAAUAGGCACAGCGGAAGCAAGUAGACAUGGAAAGGGGUGGGGGGGGGGGGGGUGACAGAUUAAGGGGGCAAAGCAAGGUUUCUAAGGGGUCCGAGAGUAUACUCCGCCGUAAAAUGUUGAACACUAGAUGUCAUGAAGUGCAAUUACCUGCAUUCUACAAGUAAAAUUCAUCUCUGCCUUAAGAUUUACUACCAAUAUUUUUUAUUCCGAAUUAUUGGCCACCACACCUCACAGCUUACCCGUACGUUGAUAACUGAAAGUUCCCUAAUCACGUGACGUGGGUUGUAUUAUUCAUUCCCCGCUUAAAUACUGUUCUGUUUAGAAUAAUGUGUUACGUAUUUAAAUAUUACAUAUGCAUUAUGUUUAUUGCAUAAAUGAUGUACGGUUUUAUAUGAACAAAAAUUAUUACUUGUUAUUAUGUUGUGUCAGAACGUCAGUGUAUAUGCACACAGUAAAGAUAAGUAAAUAAAGUAAAUGCUUAUAACAGUCAAUGAAUUAAUUAUUUUUACACAACUGCCAAACGUAUUUAUACCAGUUUGAUGGGCCUCGGCGGUGAUGUGACUACAGGUUACACACCACCAUUAAUUACUCCAUGCAGUUAAAUACAAUUUCUAUGUCGGAAUCUAUUCUGUGAAAAAUACAACACUGUCGAGAAGCUCAUGUGACUACUAAUUUUAGGGAGUGCUCUCAACUAACGUGUGUGUGUGUGUGUGUGUGUGUGCGUGCGUGCGUGUGUGUGUGCGUGUGUGUGUGUGUGUGCGUGCGUGCGUGCGUGUGUGUGUGUGUGUGUGUUUAGGAAAAUCACGAAAAUUUAAACCAACUAAAAUAAAGGAUUUCAUAGUAGUUUAUUAAAAGACCUCAUCUGAAUCAAAAAGCCAUGGUAAUUGGUAAAGGGGAACUUUGUUUAACGUGCAUAUUAUGAUAUAUCCAAUUAAGGUUGAUGCACACUGACGCUGCACAUGACCUCUGAUAUUGCCAGCGAUUAAUUAUAUUACAAAAAUGUAUGUGCAUUUGAUUACGUUGCUGGACCAGUAGGAUUACAUACUAGAACUUAUACAUUUGGACUCGAUAAUUCAAUUUGUCUCUUACUGCUACACUUACUAAUACAAACUGUUGGCAAAAGUGGCACAUGACAAUUUGGUGACAAACAGAUAACCCUCAGUUACACAUGUAGUCAGUACAAAAUACUGAAAGUAAUAAUUCAUUUGCCUUGUACCCUAGUACUGCACUUUUUGUUACAUGGGGAAUUAGGUAGACAGAAGCUGCGGUGCUUCUUGUGUGGCUUAAUGACCUAGUCUCUGAACAUUUUAAACACAAGAAAGAUGUGUUCGAAUAAUGAGUUAAUAGUCAAUCGCAUUGAUUUAAAUGAACUAUUGCUGUUAAACAGUUGCUACCCCAAAAUUCGAUAUAGGAGUUUUGCUAUUGACAUGAUGAUGUGAUUUGCAGACUUUAUUCUGUCGAAGUAAUACAUAUUGCUAUGUUGCUGUAAUAGUUUGGAACUAGUUUCUGUCAAGCCAUUCAUUCAAUGAGGCAAGUGAGAAACGGACAGACAAAAUCAUCCCCUGCAAAUUGCUAUCAUAUAAUUUUUGAUCCAAAUAUUUAACAGUGCCAGGUCUCAUGGUAAUCCAAGACACAAACUUUCAUAUGACACGGGAAUUCCUAUCCCAGUAUAUUGUGGCCUUACAAUUUAACCAAAUAUAAUUAAGCUGUAAUUUGUUGAUUGCCUUUAUCCGCAUCAGACUGCCAAUUCCGUAUGAUCGUAUUUUGAGGAAAUCGUGUUAACUUGCUAAAGCGGUCACUUAUCACUUUGAUGUCAUGAGAAUGGCACAUUAUAUGCCCUUACUCCCUAUAGUUCUGUCUGUCUUUCCUUCUAUGUACCUUAUUAUUACUGGAAUUAAUUACCAAUGGUUCUGUGAGACCCCAAACAAGCAACCAAUCAGUAGACAGAACAAUACAAAUGGCUUAACAUGAAUACAUUUUUUGAGGAAUGAAAAGUAGAUGUUGAUGACUUUGUUUAGAUCUGGGAUGAAUACUAUGCACUGAUACCACUUUAUGAAAACAAAUACAGUGGCAAUAUUCAUAAUUAAUCAUCAAGGACAUACAGCAGGUUAAAAGAGAUUUCAUGGAUGGACGUGUGUUAUCCAACGCAACUAUUAGCCAGAUCGGUUGUAAAAAGUUCUGCUUUCUUGACAUCUAAGCAAUCUGGCGAAGGGACCAGAAAUGGGGGUAUAGCCAGAUUGGAGAAAGAAAGUAGAGGUGUAAAGCGAAAAUUGGCAGUGAAAGACAUGGAGACGAAAUACAAAGCGGUAUUGGAGGUCGAAGCAGGUGUAUGUAAAUGCCUUCGUUUGUGUUGUUUUUUUUCUGUUAUUAAAUAUAUGUAUAUGCCCAAGCAUAUAUAUUUUAAAUUCA